GUCGUCGUAGAUGUCAUCUUUCUCUCUCUUCCUCCCUCUAUAUCACUUUUUUUCUUCAUUCAGGUAUUGGUAAGUAAAAGUAGCAAAGAUAGUUGUUUACUUUUAUCUUCCUAUGUACCGGACCACACCUUACCAUUUCCACUCCUCUUCUGCAUCACCAUCACCAUCACCCUAACUUCUCGCUCACUUGUCUUCACUUUCCGGCAACAGUGCGAUCUGUUUUCCUUCUCUUGGGACAGGAUUGUUAAGUUUCUUCCGGGCAAGUAAAGUUUUUAUUUUUAUUUUUUUCUUACUUUCCUGUAUAUGAUUGAUUCAAUUGAGGAAAUCAUAGAGCUUGAAGUGGGGUUGAUGGUUUUUUGUUAAAAGGAUUCUUGGAGGGAGAGGUAGCUGAUUAAAGGGUUAUCUGGUAUGUGGGUUGCGGUUAAUUGGAAUCAUGGGUGUGUGGGUGUGGUUUUUUUGUACUUUUGGGGAAGGAGUGAAGCUGAUUAGGAGUAGUUUUCAUUUAAAGCUUUCAUCUUUUCUGGUUUAGUUCAUCUGGGGUUUUGCUGUUUUUUCUUUUUGGUUAUCAGUGCUGGUUCAAUUAGUGAAAUUCUUCGAUCCUUUUGGGUAUUUGGUAUGGAGGCUAGAUUUGGAGGGGAAGCUCAUCAUUUCUAUGCUAUGGGCCCAACUGAUAUGCGGGCAGUAGCGAAGAGAGGUUUAGAAUGGGAUUUGAAUGAUUGGAAAUGGGAUGGUGAUCUUUUUAUUGCUAGUCCUUUGAAUCCGGUACCAUCAACUAGCGUCAGUAGGCCAUUUUUCCCUCUUGGGGUUGGGACAGGAGUUCCGGCCACUGGGAAUUCGUCCAAUAGUUCAUCCUCAUGCUCCGAUGAAGUGAAUCUGGGAGUUGAGAAAGGAAAAAGGGAAUUGGAGAAAAGGAGAAGGGUGGUUGUCAUUGACGACGACAAUUUGAAUGAUCAGGAAACUGGUGGUCUUAGUUUAAAGCUUGGUGGUCAAAGGGAUGUGGGGAAUUGGGAAGGAAGCAGCGGGAAGAAGACUAAAUUGGUUGGGGGUGGCUUGAGCCGGGCGGUUUGUCAGGUGGAGGAUUGCGGUGUUGAUCUGAGUAAUGCCAAGGACUAUCACAGGCGGCAUAAGGUUUGUGAGAUGCAUUCCAAGGCUACCAAAGCUCUCGUUGGAAACGUUAUGCAGCGUUUCUGUCAGCAGUGCAGUAGGUUUCAUGUCCUUCAAGAGUUUGAUGAAGGGAAGAGAAGUUGUCGGAGACGUCUAGCUGGCCACAAUAAAAGGAGAAGGAAGACUAAUCCUGAUACUGUUGGUAAUGGAAGUUCGAUGAAUGAUGAUCAGAACAGUGGCUAUCUGUUGAUAAGUCUCUUGAGGAUACUGUCAAACAUGCAUUCCAAUAGAUCAGACGAAACAACUGAUCAGGAUCUGUUAACUCAUCUUUUAAGGAGCCUUGCAAGCCAUAGUGUUGAACAUAGAGGAAGAAACAUGUUUGGACCAUUGCAGGAACCUCGAGAUUUGAGCACAUCAUUUGGAAAUUCAGAGGUAGUCUCAACUUUACUUUCAAAUGGUGAAGGCCCAUCAAAUUUAAAACAGCAUCUGACAGUACCUGUGUCUGGAAUACCUCAGCAAGUUAUGCCUGUGCAUGAUGCAUAUGGUGCAAAUAUACAGACCAUAUCUUCCUUGAAACCCAGCAUUCCAAACAACUUUGCAGUGUAUUCAGAAGUUCGAGAGAGUACAGCGGGGCAGGUCAAGAUGAACAAUUUUGAUUUGAAUGACAUUUGUGUUGACUCAGAUGAUGGCACUGAAGAUAUAGAGAGAUCACCUGCUCCUGUGAAUGCAAGGACUAGCUCCCUUGAUUGCCCUUCAUGGGUACAACAAGACUCCCAUCAGUCAAGUCCUCCUCAGACCAGCAGAAAUUCAGAUUCAGCUUCCGCACAGUCACCUUCUAGUUCCAGCGGAGAAGCUCAGAGCCGCACAGAUCGAAUUGUUUUUAAAUUAUUUGGGAAAGAACCAAAUGAUUUUCCUCUUGUCCUGCGAGCCCAGAUUCUGGAUUGGUUAUCUCAUAGUCCCACUGAUAUUGAAAGCUACAUCAGGCCUGGUUGUAUCAUUCUGACCAUUUAUCUUCAUCAGGCCGAGGCUGCAUGGGAAGAACUUUGCUGCGGCCUUGGCUCCAGUUUGAGCAGGCUUCUAGCUGUAUCAGAAGACACUUUCUGGAGAACUGGAUGGAUCUAUAUUAGGGUGCAACAUCAAAUAGCAUUUAUUUAUAAUGGUCAGGUGGUUGUUGAUACAUCUUUGCCUCUCACAAGCAACAAUUAUAGCAAAAUUUUAAGUGUCAAGCCAAUUGCUAUAACUGCAUCUGAGAGAGCUGAAUUUUUAAUUAAGGGGGUCAACUUGUCUCGGCCUGCCACAAGAUUACUCUGUGCAGUAGAAGGGAAUUAUAUGGUUCAAGAAAAUAGACAGGAGGUGAUGGAUGGUGUUGAUAGCUUCAAAGGUCAUGAUGAGGUCCAUUGUGUCAACUUUUCUUGCUCUAUCCCCAUGGUGACUGGAAGAGGAUUCAUUGAGAUUGAAGAUCACGGUUUUAGCAGCAGUUUCUUUCCUUUCUUGGUUGCAGAGGAAGAUGUAUGUUCUGAGAUCCGCAUGCUUGAGGGUGUGUUGGAGACUGAAACAGAUGCAGAUUUUGAGGAAACUGAAAAAAUGGAAGCCAAAAAUCAAGCGAUGAACUUUGUUCAUGAAAUGAGCUGGCUUCUUCACAGAAGCCAGUUGAAGUCUAGAUUGGGCUGCUCGGAUCCUAGUAUGAAUCUCUUCCCACUAAGAAGAUUCAAGUGGCUCAUGGAAUUCUCCAUGGACCAUGAAUGGUGUGCUGUUGUGGGGAAACUCUUGAACAUUCUGCACAACGGAAUUGUUGGCACUGAAGAGCACUCAUCUUUGAAUGUAGCAUUAUCAGAAAUGGGCCUUCUUCACAGAGCUGUGAGGAGGAAUUCUAGGUCUCUUGUGGAGCUCCUAUUAAGAUAUGUUCCUGAGAAAUUUGGGUCCAAAGACACGGCCCUAGUUGGUGGAAGCCAUGGGAGCAUUUUGUUUAGGCCAGAUGUCACAGGCCCAGCUGGUUUGACACCUCUUCACAUUGCAGCGGGUAAAGAUGGUUCUGAAGAUGUACUUGACACAUUAACUGAAGAUCCUGGAAUGGUGGGCAUUGAAGCAUGGAAGAAUGCUCUUGACAGCACAGGCUUCACACCUGAAGAUUAUGCUCGCUUGCGUGGCCACUACACAUACAUCCAUCUUGUACAAAGGAAAAUUAACAAGAGACAAGCUGUUGGGGGCCAUGUUGUGCUUGACAUCCCUAGCAAUCUCUCAAACAGUAACAUUAAUGAGAAACAAAAUGAAGGAUUGUCCAGUAGCUUUGAGAUCGGACAAACAGCAUUGAGACCCACUCAGCGCAACUGCAAGCUUUGCAGUCAGAAGGUGGUUUAUGGAAUAGCCAGCAGGUCUCAGCUGUACAGGCCUGCAAUGCUCUCAAUGGUGGCAAUUGCUGCAGUUUGUGUCUGUGUUGCUCUUCUGUUCAAGAGUUGUCCUGAGGUUCUGUAUGUGUUCCGACCCUUCAGGUGGGAAAUGUUGGACUACGGAACAAGCUGAGGUGGUCCAUCGUUGCCCAUUGCAAUAUUGACAGACGAUAGGACGUGGUUAUUAUUUUGUAUGCAUUUAUUUAUAGACUGUAAAGUUGAGGUUUCCCGCAUAACAAUCAAGCAAUCUACUGGGACACGCUUCGGAUUCAGUAAUGUUAAUUGACAUAAUUAUUCGACA